UGCAAUCACUAAUCGAUAGUGACAUCGAUGUUUUUCCAGCUCUAUCUAGUUGGCAUCUCGAAGUUGCGAUAGUUGGCAUGUUACGUGUGUUUUCGGCUUCCUCGCUUCCUUCUCGUUCUCGUUUCCUUCCUCCUUGAUUCCGAUUCCGAGUGUUGUUGCAUCGAAUGCAGUGCGUGUAUUGUGCGGUGCAACAACAUCCGAACAAAAGUAUCUGAAGCGAAACACCGCGUGCAGCAACAACAGAGAAACACACUCAUCACACGCACGCACACGCAUGCAGUCAUUAUCGCAACAACAACAACAACAGGAAGAAUAACAACAACAACAUCUCUAACGCGUUGGGUAUUGCGGAGUAAAGCGUUUUUUUCGCUACAUUUGCUGUCUGACUGGCCGCAGAAUUGUUGUGUUUCCGCUGACAACUUCAAAAAAUCAUUGUUUAAAAAGAAUUGAUGUAUAAACUUUGAGCAAAACACCGAAAAAUACAAACAGAAGAGCGAAUAUUGCGUGUGUCAGCGGUCGGUUGCUUAUUUUUUUUUUUGUGGUUAACAACAACAAGCAUUGGAGUGAAAAACAACCGUUAGCAAUUGGAGGAUCGAAAUGACAUCGAAAAAACGAAAAACCCUGCUGGACGCCGAUGACGACGAUGAUAAUUUUGAUGAAGACGAUUCGGGCUCCGAUUUCGACGAUGACGAGGAUCCAGAUCAAAUAGAAGUGCCCGGCGGUGGUCGCGAUCUGAACACAGCCGUUACGUACGCCCAAAAUAUCCGCAGCGGAGUGGGCGUGGCGACCAAGGGCGGUACACCCAUACCCAUAAGUGGGGCCAAAAUUGUUAUAGGCAAUAAUAAAAUCAAGCCGAUAUCGUUGUUGCGCAUCAACAACAACAAUAACAAUAUAAUCACCAGCGUUAACAAUAGGAACAACAACAUUGUCACCACCAACGGCAACAAUAACAACGCCACCAACAACAACAACACCGCAGCCACCACCAUUGUGCGCCAGAUAGUUACAACAACAGCAACACCAACCACUGUGGGCGGUACGCCGACAGUUGGGGGCGUGGCCCUGGGCGGAAAGAUCACAGCGAUACCGAUAGUAGGGAGAAAAGUAGCCCUAGAGAAUAAUUUAAGCAAUAUGCCAAAGAAACUCAAUAACGCGAUAACGGCCAUGGGCAGUCCAGCGGCCAGGAGCAGCGGCAAUGCCGGGCCGGCUGGUUCGUCCCAGGGUGGUGCCAUUGGCUCCACCAGCAGCUACUUGAACAGCCUGAGCACCAACGAACUGAUGAACCUGGCCGCCUACGUGGCCGCCAAGGGCAGCAACGCCCCACCGCCUCCGCCGCCGUCCACAGCCGCCAAUUCGGUGAGGAACUCACCAGCAGGCGGCAUUCCCAAUCCCGGUGGCAAUUUCUUUGGCGGAUCGGCGGCGGCGUCCACUUCAGCCUCUGCUGCUAAUUUCAAUAUGGCCGCGUCUUUAUUGGCGCAGAUGAGUUAUGCGGGCGGCGCUGCACCAAUUCGCGCCUUUAAGAUUGCCGGAAAUGUUGGCGGAAUCGGGAACAGUCUGAAGCCACCAUUAGCCACAUCCGCCGUUAGUGGCGGACCGGCUGGCGGAGCACCUGGUAGCGUAGUGAAGGGGAACAACUCGAUGAUAGAGGCCGUGCAGAAGCUGAUCGCAAUGAAUCCGGAGUACCUAACCAGUGGCAUACCGAAUAACGUAUUCCAGAUGUUCAUGCAAUCAAUGCAACGUCCACAGACGACUCCGGCGCCCAUUCAGCCAAUGAAUCCCGGCGCAAUGGUGACCAGUGCAGCUGCAGCAGCGGCGGCGGCUGCUCACGCCUCAGCGGCUGCCUUUGUCCAGCAGGAGGAGGAUGAGGUCGACUACGAGGAGAUGGGUGUAGCCGAAACAUAUGCCGACUACUGGCCUGCCAAAUUGAAACUUGGCAAGAAACAUCCGGAUGCCGUUGUGGAGACAGCAUCGCUGAGCUCCGUGGAGCCCUGCGAUGUCUACUACAAGCUGUCCCUGCCCCUCGAAACAAUCAACAGCGGACAUCUGAGCGCCCUGCAACUGGAGUCCAUUACGUACGCCUCCCAGGCGCACGAUCAUCUGCUUCCGGACGGAAGUCGGGCUGGAUUCCUUAUUGGCGACGGCGCUGGCGUGGGCAAGGGUCGCACAAUCGCCGGCAUCAUUUACGAGAACUAUCUCAAGGGGCGCAAGAAGGCGCUGUGGAUAUCCGUGUCCAAUGAUCUCAAGUACGAUGCCGAGCGGGAUCUCAGCGACAUCGGGGCCACGAGGAUCGAGGUCCAUGCCCUCAACAAGUUUAAGUACGCCAAGAUCAGCUCCGAUGUGAAUAACAAUUGCAAGCGAGGCGUGAUCUUCAGCACAUAUUCCGCUUUGAUUGGCGAGUCCAAUAACAAGACGGGCAAGUACCGAUCCCGCUUCCGGCAGCUUCUGCAAUGGUGCGGCGAAGACUUCGAGGGCCUCAUCAUCUUCGACGAGUGUCACAAGGCCAAGAAUCUGUGCCCCGUGGGUUCCGGCAAGCCAACCAAGACGGGCCAGACCGUUCUGGAGCUGCAGCAGAAGCUGCCCAAGGCGCGCGUGGUGUAUGCAUCCGCAACGGGUGCCUCUGAGCCCAAGAAUAUGGCUUAUAUGGUUCGCCUGGGUCUCUGGGGUCAGGGCACGGCCUUCAGCAACUUUAACGACUUCAUCACCGCCGUGGAGAGACGCGGUGUGGGCGCCAUGGAGAUCGUGGCUAUGGACAUGAAGCUGCGUGGCAUGUACAUCGCCCGCCAGCUGAGCUUCAAGGGCGUGAGCUUCAAGAUCGAGGAGGUCCCGCUCUCCAAGGAGUUUCGAAAGAUCUACGAUCAGUCCGUGGAGCUCUGGGUAGAGGCCAUGCAAAAGUUCACCGAGGCGGCCGAACUGAUCGAUGCCGAGAGCCGAAUGAAGAAGACGAUGUGGGGUCAGUUUUGGUCCUCGCAUCAGCGCUUCUUCAAGUACCUUUGCAUCGCCGCCAAGGUUAACCAUGCUGUGCUGGUGGCCCGCGAGUCCAUAAAGUACGGAAAGUGUGUUGUCAUCGGCCUGCAGUCCACCGGCGAGGCUCGAACUCUAGAUCAGUUGGAACGCGACGAUGGCGAACUCACCGACUUUGUUUCUACGGCUAAAGGUGUCUUUCAGUCGUUUGUGGAGCGCCACUUUCCGGCACCUGACCGCAAUCGCAUCAACCGCAUCCUGGGCCUCUACGAUGAGACACCUUCCCUGUCAUCCAUUGCCGAUUCCACUUCCAGCUUGGGUAACAAUAGCAAUAGCACCACGACGGCUGGCAAAAGAAAGGGAAGUAAUAACAAUGACAACGGAUCCGCAAGCAGCAAGUCGAAAAAGAAGAAGCGCAGUGGAUCUUGGCAACAUAGCGACAGCGACGAUGAUACGGGCAGGAAACGCAAUCGAAAACGAGAUGGAGGCAACUCCAACAGCGACAGCGACGAGGCAAAUAGUGAUGACGACCUCAGGAGUGACAUGGAUGACGAAGAUGAGGACGAUGAGGAUCAUGAUGUGGACAGCGACCGGAGAAGCGUGGCUAGCGAUGCUAGUUCCGAUUUUAAUCCCUUCUUCAGCGGCAGCGAUAGCGACAUCGAUCCCUGGGUGAACGCGCGCAGCAAGAAGUCAAAGAAGACCCAGAAGAAAACCAAGAAAAAGGUGAAGAAGGAGAAGCCCAAAAAGGAGACCACCUCAUCAGCAUCCAGUUCAGCCGCAACCGAUCCCAGUGGCAGUGCGUCAAUGUCCGCCACUGUCGUUGCUGCUCUGAAUGCGGCCAAGAGCCGCAAGUCCCAGCUCUCUACCCAGGAUAAGAUCCAGGAUCUUCUGCAAAAGAAACAAGAGCUGAAAGGCACAGUCACGCCGGUGGGUGUGAAUGGUGUCAAACUAAACUAUGGUCCUCCGCCCAAAGAUGCAAUUGAACGAGCCUGCACGAUGAAAGAGGAACUGCUGCGCAAAAUCGAGCGACUGGGGGCCCGACUGCCCCCAAACACGCUGGAUCAAUUGAUCGACGAACUGGGUGGUCCCGAUAACGUGGCCGAAAUGACAGGUCGAAGGGGUCGCGUGGUACAAACUGAUGAUGGUAAUAUCCAAUACGAGUCCAGAACCGAAUCGGAUGUCCCGCUGGAAACGCUGAACAUAACGGAGAAGCAGCGCUUUAUGGACGGUGAGAAGGAUGUGGCAAUCAUUUCGGAAGCUGCGUCCAGUGGUAUUUCGCUCCAGAGUGAUCGGCGAGUAUUCAACCAGCGACGACGUGUCCACAUAACAUUGGAGUUACCCUGGUCCGCCGACAGAGCCAUCCAGCAGUUUGGGCGUACCCACCGAUCCAAUCAGGUUAAUGCGCCCGAGUACAUCUUCCUCAUCUCCGACUUGGCCGGUGAGAGACGUUUCGCCUCCACUGUUGCCAAGCGUCUGGAAUCGCUGGGAGCGCUUACCCACGGCGAUCGCAGGGCCACGGAGACUCGUGAUCUCUCCCAGUUUAACAUAGACAACAAAUACGGUCGACAAGCUCUGGAAACGGUGAUGCGUACCAUAAUGGGCUACGAGUCACCGCUGGUGCCGCCGCCUACGGACUACAGCGGCGAGUUCUUCAAGGACAUCGCUGGAGCCUUGGUUGGUGUGGGCAUUAUAGUGAACAGCGAGAGUAAUCCGGGUGUGCUGAGUCUCGACAAGGACUACAACAACAUAUCAAAGUUUCUCAACCGUAUUCUCGGCUGUCCGGUGGAUCUGCAGAAUCGAUUGUUCAAGUACUUUACGGACACGAUGACGGCAAUCAUUCAGCAAGCAAAGCGCGGCGGUCGCUUCGAUUUGGGCAUUGUGGAUCUUGGAGCUGCCGGUGAGAAUGUGACGCGCGUUCGACUUAUUCGGUUCGUGCGCAAACAUGCCACCGGUGUGGCGCCCACAGAGAUGCACACGGUUCGAGUGGAAAGAGGCAUGAUCUGGCAGGAAGCCAUUGACAAAUAUGCCGAUCUGUUCAACGAGAACGAGGGCUUCUAUCUGUCCCACCAGCUACGCAAUCAGAAGCGAACCGCCAUUAUGGUGGUAAUCCUAGAGCAUCAGUCGCGCAACAGCAGCUCGACGAGCAGUGCCACCGAUUCGGACAGCGGUAGCAAGAAAAAGAAAACUCGCAGCAAAAAGGAGAUCAUGUGUCAGAUAUACCGACCAAACACUGGUCUUCAGGUUCGCCACGAAUCGCUUUUCGAGCUUGAGAAGAAGUAUCGCAAGGUGCCCAGCGAGGACGCGGAGCCGCACUGGACGGAGCAGUACGAUGCCUCGGUGAACACCUGUUCGCACGCAUACUGGAACGGCAACUGUAGAAAUGUCAGCCUGGGUAACGACUGUGAGGUGGGCUUACGUCAACGCUUGUACCACGUUCUGGCUGGAUCCGUGCUCUCCGUUUGGGGACGCGUGGAGCACAUACUGAAUACACGUUCCAAUAGCAAGAUGCAAGUGAUACGCAUGAAGACCACCGAGGGUGAGAAGAUCGUGGGCACCUUGAUACCCAAGUCCUGCUUCGAGCCCUUGGUGGCCGAUCUGCGCAGCGAUUCGGAGAAGCAAGAGGAGUUUAACUACUAAGUGUGUGAGGACACUGGAGUAUCAGUUGUGUGAUUUUGUUAUGGCUUCACUUUUGAGACCGCUAUUUUUCCCGUAUCUUCCAAACCGCGGCCAAGCAUUAUUUAAGUCCACAGCGGAUGGUAGGGAGCAUGUGCAGCAGGAUAGGCUUUAACCUAAUAUAUAUAUAUAAAUAUAAAUACUACUAUAAUUACAUCUAAAUAUAUAGCAUAUGUGUAAGAGGGCAUGAAUUGUGGCUCCUGAACAGCAGGAAAGGCUUAAUAAACAAACAUUUUUUUUUUGUAUUUUUAAAUAGACUUAACCAUGUACAACCCAACACGCACGUACAUACCACCAACUCAUCCAUCAGACUUUGGUUCGUCAUAGCUCAUAAAAACACCAAACUCACAUACUGACCCGCGCAACUGACAGAAGAUAUGAUGAUAUAUAGAGAACGAAAUGAAAACGCUUAUAAAUGGACUUUUCUCAAUGAUUUAAAGAUUAAUUUAAAUUCGGUUUAAGCAUAAAGUCUCUACGUUUACACACAACAAACAGCCACGUUUUGUAAACUAUUUAUUUUUAUUAUUACUAUAUAUAUAAAUACGUUUUUAAUUGUUUUUAAUGUAACAAUUGUAAGGCUGCAGCGCAGCGCAGUGCAGCAAAAGUGAAACCCCCAAGAUAAGGCAUUUUUUUAAUCAAUUGUAAUUAGGUAUUUACUUGUAAUGUAACUAAUAUUAAGUUUAACCAACAGACAUUGAGAGGCAUCUGAAUAUUAGUUAAGAGAAUCGCGGUAUAACAAGUUCGCUGAAAUCAUGUGAAUUGGGCACGCAUACGUACAGUUAAUAAAUAUAAAUGUGCGG